AGGAGAUCUUGACAGAUGCUUCAAUUUUCCACCGUUGCGCCAAACAAGCCUCUCCUUGAUAUUCAAUCAUGUGCAGGUUGACUCUGGCUUCACAUAUCAUUCCUUAAAAUUCUCUCCUUCAUCAAUCCUUCCCCUCCCUCUCUUCAACAUGGACGGCCUCUUCACCUUGCUCAGUCUGAGCAUUGUAAUGGGCCUGGCCUCGUUCCUUGCAGGCAUUCUCCCUCUAGCUCUCACCCUCUCACAGUCCAAGCUACGCAUGAUAUCAACGAUUGGCAUGGGCGUCCUCGUCGGAACUUCACUGGUUGUCAUUAUACCCGAAGGAGUCGAAACUCUUUCCAGCGCUUCAGAAGUCGGACACAGUGCGCGGCCGCACGUAAAUAGAGCCCUAUAUGCGCGCCAGUCUGGCGUGGAAUGGUCGGGUACACUCCAAUCCCGUGAACUUCGUGUCGCGGUGGCUCGAGGAUCGGUCGACGAAACAAGUCCUUUCAAUGUUCCUGGCCCUGUCAUACCCUCUCGAUUAGACGAUCCCCCACGAACACCCACCAAGCCUGGCACCGUUGGGAUCAUGGGCGCUGAAGGACAAGCAUCCAAGGGGUCCAACAAAGAAUCUGACAACCACACAGAAGAGGGACACAGCGACUCGCAACACGCUUGGAUCGGCAUUGCUCUGCUCGCAGGGUUCAUGCUCAUGUACUUGGUGGACAAAAUUCCACAGUACACCACCCCUACGAAGCCCAAGGCUCGCACACAUCACAUUGCGCUCAACAAUCUUGGUCGCAGAUUUAAUUUGACUACAUCUUUGGAUCGAGAUGAAGAAGCAGAGUCGUUCUUGGAAUCGAGCGAUGUAUCCCAUGCCCACAGUCGAGGGUUCGCCACAACGAUUGGACUGGUUAUUCACGCAGCUGCAGACGGUAUUGCUCUGGGCGCCUCCUCGUCGGCCACGAAUUCAGGCCUCAGUUUCGUCAUCUUCUUCGCUAUCAUGAUCCACAAGGCCCCUGCGGCAUUCGGCCUCACCUCAGUCCUGGUCAAGCAGGGGCUAUCUAAGCGGGCUGCGCGAGGACAUCUAGUAUUGUUCAGCCUUGCCGCUCCUACCGGUGCCAUUACUACCUGGAUUUUGGCACAUGUUCUGGGUGGAGUGGGUAAACGUAGCCCUGAGUCGACGCAAUGGUGGACUGGCAUGCUAUUGCUAUUCUCUGCCGGAACCUUUCUCUACGUGGCCAUGCACUCGAUGCAAGACACUUCCAAGUCGCACCACGAGUCGAUGAAUGGUCAUGCCAAUGGAUACGUGGAUGGGCGAGAAGGAUUGCAGACCGAGACAAAGGCCUCCUGGAAGGAUUUGGCUGCUGCAUGUUUUGGCAUGAUCCUUCCAGUCUUCCUGCAGGUUGGGCACGCACAUUGAGACAUGUGUCGUGGAACCCCUGUUCUACCUUGUACUAUGCACCAUGUUUCUAGAGAUUGCCAUAUUGCAUUUUAGAUACGCCAAUGAUUUCUGACGUCUCUGUCCUUGUCACAUAUAAUCCUUGGUUGCCGCGAUGGCUCCGGGGUUUGGUGCACCUUCUGAGGACAUGAGAUGGUGGAACAUGGCGGCCUUGAUUUCCCGUUCUACUACGACUAAUGAGGGAUGGUGGUCUGAUUGGAGUAUGGUUGGACUUUGACAGUGAGGAAUGGACGAUCAGGAUCUUGUAGAAUGAACAUAGGAUUGAGGGCUAACGGCACUCCUAACAUCAAUGGAUAGGCCUACGUGAGAGCUCCUGAUGAUAGCUGUGUGAUCCUUGGGCAGUGCUUGAUCAUCCAAAUUCUAGGACGUGAACACAGUGUGGGAUCCGAGUGCCGGCCCUCGACCAUCGAUAGAGAGGGCGUCAGUG